UCCAGCGUUGCGCGCGCGAGUUUGGGUGCAACAUUCAAUUCUCCCUCAUCACCGCGUUCACUUUCACCAUUCACGAUUGAUGCGAGACGAGGGUGGCGCAUCAUCAAGCAAGCAAGCAAGCAAGCAAGCAAAUCACCCGGCAUACGAACGCAAGGCGAGGGCGAGGGCGAGGGCGAGGGCGAGGGCAACGCAACGCAACGCAACGCAACGCGGCGCAAAGAUGCCAUCGACGAUCACCUCUACGCACAAAUCCCUCAUCAAAUCCACCCUGCCUUCCUCCUCCUUUCGAAUCUUGACAGCUACGCAAGCUCGCAUCUACGUCGCGCAUCCCCAUCCUUCCAGUUGGACCUAUGCAGGUCUUGAGGGUGCGCUGGCGUUGGUGGUGGACAAGAGCAGGGGCGGAUGCGCUUGGAAGCUGAUCGAUUUAAAGGGCACAAGAGGAGUGUUGUGGACGCACGAACUGUACGAACCCUUGUCUUAUCAUCAAGAUCGAGCCUUUUUCCACUCUUUUCCUGGCGAUGAUUUCUUGAUUGGCUUCAGCUUUGCUGAUGAGGGAGAGGCAGGGGAGGUGUACAAAAAGAUUCAAAAUAGGCACAAGUAUGCCAAGUCGGCCGGCGCCUCCUCCCUCAAAUCGUCCAGCAGCAACAAAUCGUCGAGCGCAGGCAAGAAAUCCAAAAAGGGCGCUGCUUCAUCCAGCGCGGGCACGGGCAAGCUGGACAAGUCGAUGAUCUCGGCGCCUUCGGACUUCAAACACGUAGCUCACAUGGGUUUCUCUAGCGAAAAGGGUUUCAGCAGCAACAAUGUCGAUCCGACGUGGGGCAAAUUGUUGGAGCAAUUGGCAGGAAUGGGCGUUUCGAGAGCAGAUAUUGAAGGUAACGAAGGAUUCAUCAAGGACUUCGUCGCCAAUAGGAGAGGCGCUGCUGCUACAGCCUCCAAAGGGACACCAUCAGCGCUGUCCAGCACCAAGAAGAAGGUCGCUCCACCCGCUCCCAGUAGAGCUCCCACUUCUGCCCGCAAACAACCUCCGCCUCCUCCUCCAGCGCCGCGGACGAGCACGAGAGUAGCAGCUCCCUCUGCUUCCGCACCACCACCUCCACCUCCUCCCGUAAGAAGCUCAGCAGCAGCCUCUGCUCCACCGCCUCCGCCACCUCCGCCAGCUCGUUCGGGCGGCUCGACAGCUGCUCCUCCUCCCCCGCCACCACCCCCACCUUCAUCAGGUCCUUCCCGAUCAGCCGGCGCGCCACCACCGCCUCCUCCUCCGCCUCUCCCACCCGGCAGCAGCAACAAUGCGCCCGCUGCCCCCGCAAAUCUCCCCGCUCCCCAAUCGGGCAGAUCAGACCUGCUGGCUUCCAUCCAAGGCAAGAGCGUGGCGAACCUGCGCAAGACUUCUGGACCUGCGGAAAGAUCCGGCGGCGGCGGCAGCGGUUUGGGGGUGGGCAGCGUUGUGGGAGCUGCUGGGAUUGCGGGUGCGGGUGCGGGUGCGGCAGCAGCGAUGACGACGACGAGGGAAGAUAGUCCGGCACCUGCAGAAGAUUCAAACGAUUUGGCCAGCGCACUCGCUGCUGCCCUAUCCGCUAGAAAGGAUAACAUGGGAGAUGAUUCGGAGGAGGAUGGAAGCGAUGAGGAUUGGUGAGCUUGCAUAGCUGCGUGCCAAGGUGUCAGCCUCUGCUCGCAGUAGACGCCUGGCCGCGCGGUCCUUUUGUCGACUUGUGGUAUCCACGACGCGCACAAUGUCUUGCGCGCUUGUUUAUCCUCACCGCCUGCUUACGUUUUGGCGGGCUGGACGUCACACAAUACCUCGAAUGCGAUGGCACUACUUUUCUUGCACGUGAACAUGCCACCGCUUCUCGAUUCGCAUAGAUGCAUUUCCACGAGACGGUACAGACGAUAAGGAGGGGCAGUGAAAGCAGGGAGUGCAUCAAAAGACGCUAUUAUCGGCGCAGGUAAAAGGCGCGCUGAUAGCGUUGGCAUCGUCCCUAAAGAUGUCCAAAAGUCUAGUUAUGGCGACGUACAGUCCCGCGCUGUUCAUGAAGAGCGCAAUCACAAUGAUCGCAACGUUUACCAAUG